AUUCUCUGGCGUUAUACCCUCAGCCCUAUUGACUGAAGUUAGGAGAAAUUAAUUUCACAAAAUCCUCUCAAUUUUUUACACAAACUUAUUUCAAAAUGAAAAAAUAUUACAGUUAAUAUUUUGACAUGGUUUCAAGUAAAUCCUUACUAAAGCAUCAAGUACUCCCAUCAACACGACAAGACUUGGAAGAGGAUAAUCAUGGCGAGAAUCACCUGGAGGGUAACGGGUCUUUCUUGAAAACAGCAGUGUUUGGAGGACUAGAUGGAGUCCUUACAAUGUUUGCUGUCGUCUCAGGCGCAGUUGGAGCUGCAGUUUCACCCAAAAAGAUCCUUUCACUGUCACUUGGAAGCCUUCUUGCUUCAGCUUUCUCCAUGGCAUACGGUGAAUACGUUAGCGCCAGAGCUGAAUUGGAUUUUGUGAACUCAGAAAAGGCUCGAGAGGAAUUUGAGAUUAUGAAUUGCCCAGAGGUUGAGCAGAAAGAGAUGUUUGACAUAUACACCAACCGGUACCACUUCUCUAAAUCAGACGCAAAUAUACUGGUCCAAGUUUCAUUUAAGAAAAAGGAUUUUUUCCUUAAACACAUGAUGGUUGAAGAACUAGGAAUUAUGCUUGACUCAACUAAUUCAACACCCUUGAAAAAAAGCCUCCUGAUGGCCUCAAGUUUCAUAGUCAUGGGAUUAUUCCCACUCCUCGGCUACCUAUUCCUCGUACUUUUUGGACGGGGCGGAAGUGACGGCGAAUUCUUCACGUUUGUGUUCACCGUAAUCUUCAGUGUUCUGGGCUCUGCAUUGCUAGGAUACUUCAAAGGAAAAUACUUGAAACAGAACGAAUUCCUCUCAGCGUUUUACAUGACACUUAACGGUUUCGUAGUAGGAUUAAUUUCAUACUUGAUCGGACUGUUAACCUCAGUAUUUUAAAGGACGGAUGUUGAAGAAUUUUUAAAAUUUUAAUUAAACCUGGGGAAAAAUUUUAAUUACGGGUUUUAUUUAUAAGAUUCACGUAAAGGUGGACUAGAGGAUGUAAAGUAUAAUAUUUAAAGAAUAAUUAGGCUGUAUAAUAUUUUAAUUUCUCAUUUCGGU